AUGACAGUUGCACAGAAAUGGCAGUCUGAGCAAAAGGGGAAAAUCGCAUCUAGGGAUUUCAGUUUCGUGGAAAUCACAGAGAAAAGUGUUGGGUCUACAGUGUGUUUGGCUUCUUCAAAUGGAGACAAUUUUUUCGGUGGUCUGGAGAACCCCGCAAGUGUGAUAAAGAAGAGUUGUGUACUCUUUAACUCCACCACUUUGAAAAUUGGGAUAGAUCUUGGAUACAAAGUUGAUAUAACACAAAGGGUUACAAGAUUAAAAGUUUACUAUAAGGGGCCUGCAAAAAGUGGUCAGCAUGUUGUGAAUGAGGUUGUAAAUGAUAGUUGUAUUCCAGGGUUGGUUGGGAGCGUUUCAUCAUAUCAAGUAUUGGUGUUGUAUUACCAUGAUCCUACUCAUAACAAUGAGCUAGAGAGUGAAGAUAAAGGGCAACAACAGCACAAUGAAGAUGUUGGCAAUGAAGAUGAAUAUGAAGAGGAAGAGGAAGAGGAGGAAAAAGAGGAUGUUAUUGUUGACAGUGAUUAUGAAUUAAGUGAAGAAGAAGAAAAUGGUAAUAAAGAGGCUGCAUCAAAAGCACAACCAAGGAACAAUGCACCAAAUGUUGAAUAUGCACAAUGUUUUGAAGAGAUGAAUGAAAUGCCUCUUAAUGAAACAGGGGAGAUAUUAGACGAUGAUGAAGAUAGUGAUCGACUUCCUUAUGAUGGUGAUAGCUCUGGUGAUGAGGAAGAUGGUAAAAAAAAAGGCAAGCAAGAGGAAAUGGAAGAAGACAAAUUUUAA